AUAAACGCGUCCUUCCUGGAAACCACCUCCUCGGUUCAUCCGUUCAUCAUCUGCUUAUCUGGCGGCUGAGAAGUUUGGAGAACCCCCCUCCCUCCUCGUCGCAGGCCGCAGGGACCGAGGCAUGGCCCGUAAGAACUUGAAGUUUUGCCUGGCGGACGCCCUGGAGGAUCUGGGGCAGCAGGACUUCAAGAAGUUUGUCCACCGGCUCCGGGACCGCAGGAUCGAACCGCGCGUCCCGCUCAGCAAGGUGGAGGGGAAAGGCUUCCUGGAAGUCACGGACGUGUUGGUCUCCCACUUCACAGACAAGGGGGCCGUGGACGUGGCCGUGGAGAUCCUGAGGAGCAUUGGCUGCAACGAAGCCGCAAACGCUCUGGUCAGAGAGACAAGUGGAGGACCUUGAACGUCUCAUCCUCAAAGGAAUAGCGGCGUGCAUCAAAACGCUCCCUUCAAGCGAGUGACCAGCGUUGGAUGAAAUGUUCAUCAGCGUGACUCAGUGGAGGGUCAAAAGGGGCCUUGAUGGAUCCAUGAAGGAGGCUCCGUGCGUUUCUUUUAGGAGCUUUGGUUUUAGACUCUGAAAUAAAAACAAAAGACAUAAAAGUUGAUUUGAUUUUCAAUUUAAAAAGAAAGAUUUUUACCUUUGGUCCUUUCAUAUACGAUGUAAACACAAAUACAUGGAGAAAUAAAAGAGAAAACAGUGAUUCAUAUAAAACCAGAAGUUUUUAUAUAAGAAGAAGAAGAAGUUGUUUUUAAUGCAGAGUAAAUCACUCUGCAUCACCUGGAUCUUCCUCCAACCAAUCAGAGACAUUUUAGACUAAUUCAUCUCCACCUCCAUCCUCGUUAAUCUAGUUUCCUGUAGGACUCAGCGUCGCUCAUUCACGCCCUGGAAAGAAGCCAGAUGUUUGAAUUCUUUUGUUUUUCUGAGGGUUGCAGACCUCCAUGCUCUGCCUCCUCACAAACCUCCUCUCUCUUUCUUAAUACCCACUGAAAUGUGACUUCUGACUCUCUGAUUUCCAUUUCUCCCUCCAUCACUAGUCGAUCGGGUCCUACAGAGUCUGAGCUUCGAUCAAUGACCUGAACUAGAGACCCUGAGAGAAUCUGAAAUGUUUCACAACUUGUGUUUUUGUUUCUUAAUUGUUGGUGUUAUGUUCACUUGCAUCUUGUUCCUUAGCAAGAUCUGACAUGCGCAGCGUGGUGUUGGUUUGAGUCACUCCCUCUAGAUGCAUAUCUGCCAUUAUUCUCCAGCAGCUGAUUAAAUCGUUGGUGUCUGUUCUCGUCAGACAGGA